AUUUCUGCUCACGUAGUAAGUUCUUUCAUCAUGGCGAGAAUUAUGUUCAUUCUUUUACUGUCCGUUCUUGGAUGUGUACUUGCUUCUCCAACCUGUACUAUUGAAGAAGUCGACAAAUGCUUAGGUGACAACGAAGACUUUAAGUUUAUGGUCCUUGGAGAAACCUACCCGGAAGAUGAUGAACACUUAACGAAAUUUUGCUUAAAAGCUCCUCCACUGCUGGAUUGUGCAAUUGAUUUUAUUGAGCGAUGUCCAAAUUCUGAAAUCUCAAACUAUCUUGAAGGUGUGAAGGAUCAAAAAGCAGUUUUGGAAAAGUUAUGUGACACAUCUCUCUCAUUUAGAGCAGAGUACUUGGAGCACGCUGCUUGUAUGAACAACAAAGUCUCAGCGGUUAAGGGUAAAUGUGCUGAUUACAUGAAUAUGUUUGCGAACAAUUUCAAGUGUUCCACAGGGGUCCAUAAUUACCAGGUCUGUAUUGAAGACUCGGUUGAAGAGUGCGGUGAGAAGGCAGCUGAAAUUUUCAGAACCUUGUAUGAGCCCAAAAUGGAUAUUAACACGAUAGUUUGUGAAGGUACAUUCAAGUAUCUGAAAGAGAAAGGAAUCAUUUCAUAAAGCUUCGUUAUGAAAGAAACUUAUUAUCUCCAAGAAAUGUGUAAGCAUUUAUAAAUAAAAAAUAAUUCAAAAAGUUUUAAA